AACCAACUCAAAUGGCUCCGACACCUCACAAAGAUAAGCCAACAACUUACGAAGGAAUAAAGAAGAAAUGUCUGGCAGAAGGAUCCCUUUUUGAGGACCUGGAUUUUCCUGCAACAUUCAGGUCCCUAUUUUUGAAAACUGUACAAAAGGACCUUGUGUGGAAACGGCCGAAGGAACUAAAGAAGACAGCAGUGUUCAUGCGAGAAGCCACCUACCGUGAUUUUAACCAAGGAGCCCUGGGUGACUGUUGGUUUAUCUCCGCUGUAAACGUCUUAGUUGCCAACAACAGGAAGGUGUUUGAGAAAAUUGUCCCUAGCAACCAGUCGUUCACUGAAGACUAUGCAGGAAUUUUCCGUUUCAAUUUUUGGUGGUAUGGAGAAUGGAAAGAAGUGGUCGUCGAUGACCGGCUUCCAGUUGACAAAAUCACUCAUAAAAUACUUUAUGCUCACAAUAAUUCAGAACCCGACGAAUUUUGGGUGUGUCUCUUGGAGAAGGCCUACGCCAAGUAA